AUGGCCCCCAAUCGUCAACUACACGACGAACGAUUACAUCAGGUUCUAUUAAAACUUGAAAACUGGGGAUUCAGACUUCGUCUGACCAAAUGUCAUUUCAAUGUCCCUGAAGUUACAUACCUGGGAAUGAAGAUCACACCAUCUGGAAUACAGGCCGAUCCUACUCGAGUCUCCUCCCUCCAGAAUAUGAGGAUCCCCAAGGAUCAGAAAGAUGUACGAUCCCUCCUUGGACUCAUAAAUUAUUACGGAAAAUUUAUUCGAGAUCUCCACAUUUACAAAGCCCCGCUCGAGCAGCUACUACACAAGGAGAAGAUAUUCAAAUGGACUCCAACACAUACACGUGCCUUUACACAGAUCAAGAAGGUCCUGUCCAGUCCGCUACUCCUGGCACACUACGAUCCCCGCCAACAACUGAUCGUUGCAGCUGACGCCUGCCAAUAUGGGAUCGGGGGAGUCCUAUUACAACGAUACACAGACGGAUCAGAGAAGGCAGUCUUCCACAUUUCGAAGUCCCUGACCCCCUCUCAACAGAACUACAGCCAAAUUGAGAAGGAAGCCUUUGCCCUCGUCACUACAGUGGAGCGGCUACACAAGUUCGUCUGGGGACGAAAAUUUAUACUACAGACGGAUCACAGACCCUUACUCACCCUCCUAAAUCCCUCAAAUACAAAAGGACUGAGUGACCGAACCGCGGCAAGACUCAGGAGAUGGGCGUUACGUCUUAUUGGAUAUGACUUCACCAUAGAGUACAUCAAAACCGAUCAAUUCGGUCAAGCCGAUUGUCUCUCCAGACUGAUCCAAGCAGCUCGAUCAGAUGAGGACCCAGAACUCGAGACGGUCAUCGCCUCCUUCGAAGUCCUGGAAAGGGAAAUCAAUGAAGUCAUCACUGAAAAUUUGAGUACGUACACCACUCAAUCGGAGUUCAUCCAGGCGACGAAAGCCGACCCCCUGUUCCAAACCCUCAUACAACGAAUUUCGAAGGGAUGGAAAACCUCCGACAAAGAUGAUCCGCUGCUAAGACCUUACGUUCUAAUCAAAGAUUCCCUAUCAGAAGUCAAAGGAAUCCUACUCUACGAUGACAGAGUGAUGAUCCCAAAAGCCUACAGGAAAAAGGUUAUCGAAAAAUUACACCAAGCCCACCCAGGAAUUACACGAAUGAAGAAAUUGGCACGAAGCCAUUUCUACUGGCCUCAAAUGGGCAAGGAUAUCGAGAUGGCGGUUAAAGGUUGUCAACAUUGCAUCGACACCGCCAAUACACCCCGCAAAAUCCCACUCCAACCUUGGCCAGAAACCCAAAAACCAUGGUCUAGGAUUCAUCUCGAUUUCGCCGAACCUAAGAAAGGUCAUCAAUUCCUUGUUGUCGUUGACAGUUAUUCCAAACUCCUGGACGCGCACUGGAUGAACCCUGCGGACUCCAAAAAUUUGAUCGCCUACUUACACAUCCUGUUCCGACACUUUGGAGCCCCGGAAACUCUUGUCACAGAUAACGGAGGACAGUUUAUUUCCGAAGAGUUCGCCAAAUUCUGUCAAGACCUCCAGAUCGUCCACCUCAAAAGCGCACCCAGGAUGCCUCAAAGCAAUGGCCACGCUGAAAGAUCAGUCCAGACACUGAAGAAAUCGUUGGAAGCCAACAAAUCUUCCCUCGAUACAGCGGUACUUACGUACAAUUACACCCCCAAUGAAGCUCUUGAUGGACGAACCCCCAACGAAGUCUUCUUUGGACGCCAACUCCGUACACCCUUUGAUGUUUUCAAACCAAACUCACCUCACUUCCCAAAUAUGGACAAAUCCGAUGACAUUACACAGCUAAAUCGGUCCCAGAAGAUCAUGAAGAAGAAAUUCGAUAGCCACCAUGGAGCCAGGCCUCGAUUCUUUACAAAGGGAGAGAUGGUGACGAUACAACUCGUUACUGGUAAACGAGUCACUGGGAAACUCAUUCAGUUCUUGGGGAAGACUAUGGCAAAAGUUCAAGUGCAGGACCAAGUACACACUCGCCACUUCAACCAAAUCUGGAAGCGGUUCCCUUACGAGUACGAUACGAUGGUGGAAGAAGAGAAUAAUACACCCCCGGCAAGUUAUUCCUCUAAUCUAUCCCACUAUUUUCCGGUUGUUCCGAACCGAUCUAAUGGACCUGACGCACCUCCUACCGUUGCCCGGCGAAUACAGCCCAGCCGAAACGCCAAGAAGCCCUUGGACUAUCAACAGCUCUCCGGCCGUCGUCAAAAAGCCAAGCAAUGA